ACGAACUCGUCUUCUGUGAGUGGACUUUUCCGUGGCAGGGAGCGUGGAGGCGCGGCCCGCCCUUAAUAUACCCAACCCAGGCCUCUCAGGGGGCACCGAGGACCCUUUCCACCAUUCUCCUUGCCCCUGAAGCCCUAAGGAGGACACAGAGAGGGCGGAGGAAGGUUAAAUAAGGUCACAAGGGGAGGGAGCCCGGCGGCGCAGAGACAGAGCGCAGCCAGUAUUGAAUUUUCCCAGUCUUGUUCCUGCCAUCUUAAGGGUCAGGGGCGUGUUUGACCCAGCUUCCCGCCCCCACCAUGACCUCCGCAGCCAUGUCGGGGAACGUGGGCAUGGAGCAGCUCAUCCCCAUAGUGAAUAAGCUCCAGGAUGCCUUCACUCAGCUGGGGGUACACAUGCAAUUGGACCUCCCCCAGAUAGCCGUGGUGGGAGGACAGUCUGCAGGGAAGUCCUCCGUGCUGGAAAACUUCGUCGGGAGAGAUUUCCUUCCGCGAGGUUCAGGCAUUGUCACGAGGCGUCCACUUAUUCUACAGCUUAUCUACCACCCGCACGAAUAUGGCGAGUUCCUGCACAAGAAAGGGGAAAAAUUCAGCAAUUUUGAUGAGAUUCGGAAGGAGAUUGAAGUGGACACGGACCGCGUCACGGGGCAAAACAAGGGCAUCUCCAACCUGCCCAUCAACCUUCGCGUGUACUCCCCCAACGUGCUCAACCUGACCCUGAUAGAUUUGCCGGGCCUGACCAAGGUUCCCAUCGGUGACCAGCCUGCAGACAUUGAGAUGCAGAUCCGCAACAUGAUCAUGACCUACAUCACCAAGGACAGCUGCCUCAUCCUGGCCGUGUCACCCGCCAACUCUGACCUGGCAAAUUCCGACGCCCUCAAGCUGUCCAAGGAAGCAGACCCGGACGGUCUUCGUACCAUCGGCGUCAUCACCAAGCUCGAUCUCAUGGACGAGGGAACAGAUGCUCGCGACGUCCUCGAAAACAAGCUUCUGCCGCUGCGUCGAGGCUACGUGGGCGUCGUCAACAGGUCACAGAAGGACAUCGACGGCAGGAAAGACAUCAAGCAGGCCAUCGCAGCCGAGCGCAAGUUCUUCCUCUGCCACCCUGCGUACCGCCACGUGGCUGAUCGCAUGGGAACGCCCUACCUGCAGCGCGUCCUGAACCAACAGCUGACCAACCACAUCCGAGAGACCUUGCCCAGCCUUCGCGACAAGCUCCAGAAACAGCUGCUGGCCAUGGAGAAAGAAGUGGACCAGUACAAACACUUCCGCCCUGACGACCCCUCCAUCAAGACCAAGGCUAUGCUACAGAUGAUCCAGCAACUCCAGAACGACUUUGAGCGCUCCAUCGAAGGCUCCGGCUCGGCCCUGAUCAACACCAACGAGCUGUCUGGAGGCGCCAAGAUUAACCGACUUUUCCAUGAACGCUUCCCCUACGAGAUCGUGCGCAUGGAGUUCGACGAGAAGGAACUGCGUCGCGAGAUCGCUUUCGCCAUCCGGAACAUCCAUGGCAUCCGAGUGGGUCUGUUUACGCCUGACAUGGCCUUCGACGCGAUAGUGAAGGGGCAGAUUGGACGCCUCAAGGAACCCAGUCUGAAGUGCGUCGAUUUGGUGGUACAGGAGCUGACCAAUGUUGUGAGGUCCUGUACUCUGAAGAUGUCGCGAUACCCCAGGCUGCAGGAGGAGACCGAGCGCAUCAUCACAACACACAUCCGGGAGAGGGAACAGGUCGUGAAGGAGAACAUUCUGCUCCUCAACGACUGCGAACUUGCGUACAUGAACACAAAUCACGAGGACUUCAUCGGCUUUGCAAAUGCUAACGUCGAGAACUCUACCUCUUUGUUUAUACGCAACCCCAGGGGCUCAAGCAUGGCAGAAGCCAGUCAAUCUGCCCAGCAGACCAGCGAAAACACAGCUAAGUCCGGACGCAAGCUGGGAAACCAAGUCAUCCGGAAGGGCUUCAUGUCCAUCUCAAACCUCGGCUUCAUGAAGGGCGGAUCGCGAGACUACUGGUUUGUCCUGACCUCCGAGUCGCUCUCCUGGUACAAGGACGAGGAGGAGAGGGACAAGAAAUACAUGUUGAUGCUGGAUGGUCUCAAGAUAAAGGAUAUCGAACAGGGCUUCAUGUCUCGCCGCCAUGUCUUCGCACUCUACAACCCCGACCAGAAGAACGUCUACAAGGACUACAAGGAACUUCAGCUCGGAGUGGAAACGCAGGAUGACAUGGAUUCCUGGAAAGCCUCAUUCUUGCGAGCUGGAGUCUACCCCGAGAAGGUGUCCGACAACAGCAAUGGAGAGGAGGGCACCAGCGAGGGCUCCACAUCCAUGGAUCCACAGCUGGAGCGACAGGUGGAGACGAUCCGAAACCUAGUGGACUCCUACAUGAAGAUCGUGACCAAGACGACCCGUGACCUGGUACCCAAGACUAUUAUGCUGCUCAUGAUCAACAACACCAAGGACUUCAUCAUGGGGGAGCUGCUUGCACACCUCUACGCCUCAGGGGACCAGAACGCGAUGAUGGAGGAAAGCCCCGAGGAAGCCCGCAAGAGGGAGGAGAUGCUCAGAAUGUACCACGCUUGCAAGGAGGCCCUCAAGAUCAUUGGGGAUGUAGCCAUGGCAACCGUAACCACCCCUAUGCCUCCCCCUGUGAAGGAUGACUGGCUCUCCACGGGGCAGGACGGAUCCAGGAUCGGGCAGACUGGUCCCCCAUCCCCCGGUGGGAGUGUCAAGCGACCCAACCCACCCCCCAGCCACCCCCAGCGUGUGCCCCCCCCUGUGCCCGGAGUGGGUGGCCGCCCCGCCCCCGCCGUGCCCUCCCGCCCCACCCCCGCCCCACCAAGCCGCCAGGGGAACAGUGGAGUCCUGCCGCCACCCCUUGUGCCCUCCCGCCCCGGGAGUGGUCUCGGCGGGUCCAUGGGGGGGAAUCCGCCGCUUCAACAGAGGGUACAGCAAGCCGCCGCGACCGCUGCCGUCAACGCCGCAGCGAAUGAACUCUUCUCCUCGUUUGGGUUCAAGAAAUAACGUGUCUGUCUGUGUGUCUGUUUGGCCGUCGGCUGUCGGUCUGUCUGGCUGGCUGGUGGUCGGUCUGUCUGGCUGGCUGUCGGUCUGGCUAGCUGGCUGGCUGUUGGUCUGGCUGGCUGUGGGUAUUGCAAGUCAGUGUUGUAAUCUUUGUUUUUCUGUACAAGUGUUUCUUAUUCUACUUGUUGUUCCUUUACUUGUCAUCUACCUCCCUCCUCCUCCUCCUCCUCCUCCUCCUCUUCUUCUUCUUCUUUCCUCCUCCUCCUUGUAUCUCCUGUUCCUCCUUGCUUGUGAACUACCUCCCGACUCCAAACUCCCUUUCCUAUCCUCCUCCUCCUCCUCCUCCUCCUCCUCCUCCUUGUAUCUUCUCUUCUUCAUGUUCUUCCUUCCUUGUGAUCUACCUCCCUUUCCUACUCUCCUCCUCCUCUUCCUCCUCCUCCUCCUUUUCUAUCAACUACCUCCUAACUCCUCCCCACCACCUCCUCCUCCUCCUCCUCCUCCUCCUUCGCUUCCUUCUCUUUCCUCCUCUUCCUCUUGUCUUCCUCUUCUUCCUCCUCCUCCUUUUUCUUAAUUUGUUUCUGCUACAUGUUCUACCCUCCUCCUCCUCCUCCUCUUCCUCCUCC